AUAACAUAACCUAUAAUUUAAUUUCACAACACAACAAAUCAAGAUGAACCACGCGGAAUAAAAAAGUACUCAAAAUAAAUCAGAUAUAAUUCAAGAAAACCUUUUAAAAGAUGCCCAAGAAGAAAACGGGUCAACGUAAAAAAGCAGAGAAGCAGAAACUGCGUCAAAAAGAGAUCCGUACGGCUAAAGAACAUGUUCAACUUGCUCAACAUCCUUGUAACGCCCCAAUGGAGUGCGAAAAGUGUCAUAAGAAGCAAAAAAAUCGCGCUUUUUGUUAUUUUUGUCAAAGCGUUCAACGUUUACCCCAAUGCGCUCAAUGUGGAAAAAUCAAGUGUAUGUUAAAAACCGGAGACUGCGUAAUUAAACACCCUGGAGUUUAUACCACCGGUUUAGCCAUGGUAGGGGCAAUUUGCGAUUUUUGCGAAGCAUGGGUGUGUCAUGGAAGAAAAUGUUUGCAAUCACAUGCUUGUACUUGUCCAUUACAAGAGGCUCUUUGUAUUGAAUGCGAACGAAACGUUUGGGAUCAUGGGGGAAGGAUUUUUAAAUGUUCAUUUUGUGAUUCUUACCUUUGUGAAGACGAUCAAUUCGAACAUCAAGCGUCUUGCCAAGUUUUGGAAUCAGAAAAUUAUAAAUGUCAAUCCUGCAAUAAACUAGGACAAUACUCUUGCUUAAGAUGCAAAAUAUGUUAUUGUGAAGAUCAUAUUAGGAGGAAAGGUUUUAAAUAUGAAAAAAAUAAGCCAAUUCCAUGUCCAAAAUGUUCUUAUGAAACAUCUCAAACUAAGGAUUUGAGUAUGUCUACUCGGUCUCAUAAAUUUGGAAGACAAGGUCAAGCUGCUUAUGGCGAUGAAGAUGAUGGAGAUCAAGGGGAUUAUAGUUAUAAUCAAUAUCAAGGGGGUUACUCUGGUUAUUCUGAUAAUGAAGAAGAUGAUGAUGAGUCCUAUGAUGAAAGUGAUGAAUGUAGUGAUGAUGAUGAUGAGGAGGAGGAGGAGGAUGAAGUGGAAAGUGAAGAUGAACCAAAAGAAGUAAAGACUAAACAAGAUAAAGAUAAAAAAUAGUUUUGUUUGUGUUUAGUUUUAUUUAUGGGAAAUAUGGAAUAAUAAAAUAAAAAAAUUAAAAUGGAGUUAUAGUAUAUAAUUCUUUUUAUUUGUAUUUAACUUUCUUUUAAAUUGCUUUUUUUAUACAAUAUCAUGUAAUAAUAUAAUAAUUAUUGACUCCUCUAAAAAGAUUAUUAAUAGUCUGCUUAUAUAGAUUAGGCUCUUCAUUUCUCACAACCUAAACUAGUAAUAAAUAUAUUUUUUAAUUUUAUUGGUGGUAAUAUCAGGCAGGUAUCCAAUUUCAUUUGUAGUAAUAUAACAAACGAGCUUUUUAAAUAUAUCUCUAAAAACUAUA